UGUGACGCGGAACGUCGGCGUAAUAAUAGACGAUCUUUGUGCGUGAUCUAUCACUUGGACGUUUCCAGUAGUUACUGCAAUCUACGCGCUGCAAUGAAAACAUCAUGCUAGCGGGUCUCUCUGCGGGUGACUGGCUAGGUGGCUGCUGUGGUGUGAGCCUGGUCCGCUGCUCCUGACAUCUGCAUCAGCUCUGAACAUCUGGACGUCGCCUCUUCUUCACUUUCCACCUCUUGAGUGCGACUGUUGACGUGGGAACCACUGAACCUCAGGAAAGAGAGGCUCGUGCGUCCACUUGUGUGAGCUUCAGGUGAAGGUGCCGCCGCCUGCAUCCCCGCAGCAGCAGCAGCAUCUUGUGUGCACUGUCACUGAGUCUGUGGCAGCAGGUAUGAGUGCGUCCACUCAGGACUGGCCAAGAACUUGUAAUCAAUCCACUGCAGCAAACAGAACAUGCUCAACGCCGUUCAGCUGGAGCUGACGUCUCAGAGGACGGAAUCUAUCCAAGAACCACUGUAGGAAACAAACGGCAGGAGAUCGUUCCAGGAAGAGGAUCCUCCUGGACAUCAGGUUGACUCAGGUUUUUCCACUGUUAAUUCCUACCCUGCCUCUGUGUGUUGGCCUUUAGUAAUUCUGUGUUGGCGCCAUGCCCACUAAUCAGUCGUCCCCGUGGGGUGGGGGGGCGCUCCAGGCUUGUUCUGAUGCUGAACGUCCUGCCGCUUCUGUCAGUGCAUAUGCCAAAACAGUUAAGGCUAAUAAAGUGCCUUUUAGUCAGACUCCCCUAGAGCUGUCCAAGCGACAGGACCCGGCCAAAUCCUUCCCCACUAAUGUUGCCUCCGCUGCCUUUCCCUUGAGGCAAACAGUGGCUCUGUCUGGGCUUUCUGUAUGGGAGAACGGGGAUGGAAGUAAAAUCAACACCCAGAGCCAAUUCACUGCAGUGCCAGACGGGUCUCCAACCCUGCCACAAGCGUUUAAAGGGUUUCAAAUCCCAAACAGGGUGCUGGUAGCUGGACUGAUGCAGGCUGGGAACAGCCUCACAGAGACCAAACUCGUCUCAUCCAUGUCCAUGAGAGAAUGUCAGGAUGGGUUUAAUAUCCAGCUGCAGAGAUGUGCGUCGCUCCAAACAUCCCAACCUAGAAAUGGUUCAGGGACGAGAAGAGGUCAGGCUGCAGGAGGUGAUGCGUUGCUCGGAUUGGAGCCUUAUGUGUCAAAUUGUGAUCAGGACGUUCUCAGCGAAGGGAAACCUGCUCAGCUGCAAAAUAAUGCUGUGGUGGAGACUGCACUCCCUUUGCAACCAGUGCCUCCUACAUGCCUUACUCUUCACAGACACCAGGGGGCAGCGUUAGGAAAGGAUGCCUCCAGCCUUCAUAGCUCAGCAUUAGACAGAAGAAGCGCUAAAAGAGGUUCUGCCAGUACAAGGAGGUGCCAUUCGGCGAAACCAUCUUCACACUUUAGUCCAACAUACAACGACUGCACAGCAAUAACGUCUGGUUGCAAUCAGCUGAUCGUGACCGGCAGUUCUCCAGCAAAAUUAACAACUGCCAACGGAAAGCUUCAAAAGUCACUGAAUGAAAACAAGAGGACGUCAAGUCAGCGUCGUCCACGAACCACUGUGUCCAUGUGCAGAAGAGUCAGCGCCUCAGUUGCUAGACCCUCAUCUGAUCCCAGGCCAGCUGUCGCAACCACUGAGGAGCGGCAGCCCUCCCUGCACCAUGUUACCCCAGGAAGCCUGGUGGGCUGCGUGGCCAAUCAGAUCUCUGCCAUCCACCUCACCAAGCAGGGACAGGCUUCCUUGGCGUCGGCCUCAGAUGAGAGUCAGCUGUCAGGCCCACAGUCUCUUGUGCAGGUGGAUGGAGCCGAGGAGGAGCUGCCUGAUGAGCUGGAAAAUGCAAAUAGUGACGAUGACGAGUCUGACUGUUCCUCCAUCGAUGGCACUUCCUCUAAAGCUUCUCUCCAUUCUAGUAUUGAAGAGCCCAUGUCAGUGGGGACAGAAGAUGAUCGAGAAGAGCGACCGGCACUGGUUCCCAGUUUGUUCCCUUUCAUCCCACCUACGCUCUACUUCAGCACUGCCAAUGAAAAAGUUGAACUGCUGCCUGCAGAACAACGGCGCCUGUUAAAAUGGAAGAUGAGCACAGUCACUCCAAACGUUGUCAAACACACCAUCGGCAGGUCCCACUUCAAAGUCACUAAGAAGAGCCAUGACUGGCUGGGCUGCUGGGGACACCACAUGAAAUCUCUGUGCUUCAAGGCCAUCGGAGAGCAUCAGAAGCUGAACCAUUUCCCAGGAACGUUUCAGAUUGGCAGGAAAGACCGGCUGUGGAGGAACCUGUCCAAGAUGCAGGUCCGCUUCGGAAAGAGGGAGUUUAACUUUUUCCCUCGAACCUUCAUCCUUCCCCAGGACAUCAAGCUGCUUCGUAAAGCGUGGGAGGACGGAGGCUCCAGGCAGAAAUGGAUCAUCAAACCUCCUGCGUCAGCCAGAGGAAUAGGCAUCCAAGUCAUCCACAAAUGGAGCCAGAUGCCCCGUAAGAGACCUCUGCUGGUCCAGAAAUACCUUCACAAGCCCUACCUCAUCAGUGGAAACAAGUUCGACCUGCGGAUCUACGUCUACGUGACGUCCUACGACCCGCUCAGGGUUUACAUCUUCACGGACGGACUGGUCCGAUUCGCCAGCUGCAAGUAUUCGUCUUCUAUGAAGACUCUGAGUAACAAGUUCAUCCACUUAACCAACUACAGCGUCAACAAGAAGAACUCCGAGUACCAGACUAACAGCGACGACAAGGCCUGCCAGGGCCACAAAUGGGCGUUGAAGGCCUUGUGGCAGUAUCUUGGGUCUAGAGGAAUUAACACUAAUCUGAUUUGGGAGAAGAUAAAAGACAUCGUCAUCAAAACCAUUAUUGCGUCAGAGCCGUACGUCAACAGUCUGUUGAAGAUGCACGUUCGCAGUCCUUACAGCUGCCACGAGCUGUUCGGCUUCGACAUCAUGCUGGACGAGAACCUCAAACCCUGGAUCCUGGAGGUCAACAUAUCGCCCAGCCUUCACUCCAACACAGCGCUGGAUGUUUCCAUCAAGGGUCAGAUGAUCAGAGAUGUCCUGAACCUGGCUGGCUUUCAUAUUCCUCAAAAGGAUGACGUGGUCGCUCCUUGCAGCAGCACCUCCAGCUCCACCAGCAGUCUGUCUGGAGGGAAGAGGGAGAGGUCCAAACCAGAUCUGUCUCCAGAUGAGAAAGUCAAACGGGCCUUUUACCUCACACAGCGCUACGCCGAGCAGGACUUCCUCUGCACCGUUCUGGAUGUUCUGACUCCAGACGACGUUCGCGUGUUAGCAGAGAGUGAAGACGAGCUGAGUCGCAGAGGAGAAUUUGAGCGAAUCUUUCCAUCUGCAACAUCCUCUCGCUACCAGCGCUUCUUCGAGUGUCCGCGAUACCUCAACAUCCUGCUGGAUCAGUGGGAGCAGAAAUACUGGAGCAGCAGGACGAAGGGUCUCAGUCUGCUGAGGAGUCUUUGUCAGGAAGGAAUCCAUCUAGGAACCAGCGACCCCGCCCACAUUUGGUCCAAGUGUAGCCAUGUUCACAAGUCCGAGCCUCCCAGACAAGACCUCAGCAGCCCGUCUAGAUCCGGGGUGGUGGUCAGCCAUCAGCACCGGCCCCUUCACGACGACGACGACGACGCCCACGGUUCUGACAGGGAGCUGGCUUCAGUCUCCAGUCUGCCUGUUUCUCCCAGUCCUGGAUCCAGUGCCACCAGCAGUGCCUGUUCCAGUCCUCAGCCCAGCCUCAGCCAGAGCUCGCCGGCCCACCAGCCUCACCACAAUGAUCCGGUUUGACGUGAAGCUCAGGGUCUUAUUUAGCUCCUUUUUUAGCACAACUCUGAUAAUCCUUCUUAACAAACAAAGUGUUUCUUAAACCACUUGUUGGACAAUAGAUGAUUUUAGUGCUGAGUAUAAAACAGUAUAGUUAAAGAACCAAACCGUCUGCUUUACCUUUUUGGAAUUGUUUAUCCAAUAAGUAUAUUUUCUUAGUUUUAGAUUCAUUACAUAAUAUGUGGCCUCGUCUGCGCUGACACAGAUGGAAAAUGUGGAUAAUGUUCCUGCUACUUCAAUACCUGGCAGAGUCAAUUCUGUGCUACGAUUGUAUGGACGCACAAAUAUGCAAAUGAGUGCCCUGCCUCCGAGGCGGUGGCAGGUUGUCAGUGCAGUGUUUUCAGUUUGUUUUUGUUGUGAGCAGAGUUUAACCUCACUGUGGAGACAGACCGUAACUAAAACAAGCUGACAUUACAUCCAUUACUAUGACUCAGCUGCACUAAAACCUGUUUACUCUACAACCCAGCAAAAGGCUUGAAAUCCACACCACCUCCGAGGGCUCGUUCCCAAACGCUGCUGGGCUGGCCUCAUGCCACACCAGCGCAGUCACAGGCUGACAGCAAGGCGUCCGCCAAAAGCUCUGAAGUGUCAAUUCUCCUUUUUAUUUUCUGUGGGUGAGGGUGAUUUGACUUUGAAGUGACGUGAAUGUUAGAAGGCGAAAAGUGAAUUCUACCAAUGCUGUACUUCAAGUUUCGAGUAGUUGAACCUCGUGAUAUUAGAGAAAUCUGAUGCAACGUUUUCAAAAGGGAUUUUCUUUUGUCGUAAUUACUCGUAGUCAUGCUGUAGAUGAGAUAAUUGAAAGUUGCCAAAUUGAAAAGUUCAGUGGCAGAAGUUGGAUCUGAGCCUUUUCAGUGUUCAUUAAUAAACUUGACACAAUGACGUACCGAUACACUGUGCACACAGGAGCAACCGGACUCCGUGUUUGUUCUUCGAGGGAACCAGAGUUUUUAUUAUUUCCUCAGGCAAAUGAAAAUAUAUGUAUCUACAUCUAUUGUGAAGACACUUUUAAAGAAUGUAACCUUAGACUACUCGAGGCUGGCGCUGGCACAAACAUCGUUAGUUACAAACCGACAGGCAACAGAAAGUCGGUUUCUGCUUCAUGACCUCAGUCUUACUGGAUGAGUGUUCAAACUCAAGCCUCUUAUGUCUGCUACAGUGGAAGCUCCUGUAAGAAACGGCCUUAUUUACAGGCGUUCACUAACUGGUGCCGACCUGCUGAGCAGAGUCCGUAUGCAGCCGACUUUUCUAUUUUCACCACAACUUUUAUUAGUAAAAAAAAUCUAAUCGAGUAACACGCAAAUGUUUGAUGUUGAAUUUAAAGCACAAAGGUGGUGUCAGAGGGGUUUGGGUCAUGGGUCACUGUGCGCUGUGGUUGACCAGAAGCCUGGUUGAAGUUAGGCUAUUAAUCGUUAAAGCUUUGACUGUUUUAAAGUAAAACACCAUUAACAAAAAGUUCAGAACAACAAAUGUCUGAAUGUUCAAUCCAAAAAUAUUGUUCCUCCGACACGUUCACUAGAUUCUACUCAUGUUCUCUGCUAUUAUUUAUUGUUAUUUAGUUUAUGUACCAUAGUUUCAAAUAACUGCAUUGAAGUGUUUUUUACUAACUGACAUUUGUAAAGGUUGUGUGAAGGGCUGUACUGCUGCUCAGGAUGACACCUUCUAAAAUAAAGUUAUUUGUGGAACACG